AUCUGAAUAAUUCUUGUCAAAACUUGGUGGUGCUACCUAUCUCCGACGUCCGUCAAAACGAGUUCAUUGGCAAAGACUAACCUCACUUUUCGGUUCUUCAUACUGAUGAAAGGUUUAAUUACAGGAGAAUGGGUAUAAAGUCCUAUUUCCUUCAAACAACGAAUCACAGUCUUGUGAGACACAUUGAUUCCGUAAUCACGAUUUACUAGGCGAGAAAUUCCUGCAGCAGUAUCGAAACGGUCUCUUAACGACAGCCUCUGAAUCACAGAGUCUUGCCGACCACUUGUUUUCCGCAGUCUCCCUUAUUUUUCUAAUGACACAAAAAGAGCUUAUUUCUUCAUAAAGCUUGAGUAUUCUUGAAACAACACUCUUUGAUCUACUUAUGUCUCUGGCGAUAGCAGAAACUGCUAUUCCUUCUUUUUUCAAUGUGACCACUCGCUUCCUGAGGCUUUCAUCAACUUUACGUCGGCUUUCCAUGGUUGUUAAUUAACUACUGUUCAAUAUUAAUCUUCGUACUGUUAGGUCAACUUUAUUUACAUAGGUCGGAGUAUUGCCAGAUUUUACUAUUUGAAUUUUACGCUCUACGUUCUCUCAUUUUAUCCAUCUUCUAUUUUUCACAUAAACAUUUUCUGUUAUAAAUUAUUCUUACAAAAAUUAUUGUAAAUAAUGAACAUACUUUAAAGUAUAUUCAGCAAAAAUUUUAUUCGGAAAAAUGAAGUAGAAAAGCAAAUAUCUUUAAUUUUUAUUUUCGUUCUCUAAUUUUGGCCACUAUAUAUGUAUGAUGUGUAAGUGCAUUUCGAGACGUACAUCGCUGAGAAAAACCGGUGCUUUCAAACGAACUCUCUCUGUAAUAGUUGCAGCUAUUGUGACUUGCUAGUCGACUGGCUAUUCAACGACUCAGUGCUUGCGAUAUAAAAUGAUUUUUUUUUUUUUAAAGUAAAUAUGUUAGGCUGUAAAUACAAUCGAUAAAGAAAUUUAAAUAUGAAAAGCUACUUUUCAAACUAGUAGAAUAUUUACUCAGGAGGAAGUAAGUCGAAGUAGAAAAUGGGUGGUUCACAAUUUAAAUCGCAUAAGAAAGAGUUAAAGUUCAACCCAAAUUUAAUUUAAAACAAUCCUAUCUUCGCGUCUUUCGAUAAGUUUCCUCCGUGGCAACGGGAAAUUUAUAAUUAAGCUGGAAUACUGCAUGAUCAUUUAUUCUUCCACCUUGCGAAGCAACCCAAAAUAACGAGUUUCAGUUGUCUCAACUAAAAGAGAUCCCUGUCGUAAAUCGUCAGAAUAUCAAAGGAAUUCCAAUGAAAGUGUUCGUAAAAUAAUGAGAUGACUUUUUGCUGAAAUACCAUUUUUUAUUCAAGGUCAGUUUUUUUAAGAAAAUGAUAUGGAGCCUAAUCGGGCCAACUUCCAGUGGACUGCUGUUGUACUUACCUGCUCUGAUAACCAAUGGUCACAAUCUGUGCAACAAGAAUUGGAUAUAAGACAAGCUAAAGGCUUAUUCCCAAAAGAUGUAAUUUUGCUAACCAUUGAAGAUCCAAAAUCAAAUGUUGGAAGCGGAGGAGCAACAAUUAAUGCUUUGUUGGCUGUUACUGAGUAUAUCUGUGCUAAAAAAGGAUAUACGGCCAUCAAUGCUGAUGUUCUCCAAAACUGUUACAUACUUAUUCUUCACAGUGGUCGAUGUUAUCCCUACAGUUCCUGUAGACAAGCUUUCCUUCCAUUGCCUGUGAAAUACCAGAAAUCAAGUUAUGACUCCCUUCUCUGUCUUAUCGACAUUACUUACAAAACUGUAACUGAAAGUAUUGCUCAAUAUGCUCCCCCUGGUAUCUGGGUGUGCAGCACAGAUAUGAUGUUAUGUGUUCCUGAGGGUGCUAAAUUCCAAUGGACAGAUGCAGAUGUUUGUGCUGUUACAUUUCCAAGUAGUGUUUCAUACUGCAAAGACCAUGGUAUAUACAAGACAGAUUCCCAGGGCUUCGUUGAGGACAUCCUUUAUAAAGUUGAUGAAAACGAGAUUUUGAAAUAUAUUGGCCCAAAUGAAAAUCCAUUAAUUGUUACUGGUUUGUUAUAUUUCAAACAGAAUGUGGCAGAAAAGAUUCUUUCAUUUCAUGUGAAACCUCCAUUAGACGGCUGCACUUACAUUGGCCUUGAUAGUGGACAAACGCCAAAACAGUUGUCCCUCUUCUUUGAUGUGCUGCUGCCAAUGGCUACCAAUAUAACAGAAGAAGAUUUCGUAUCUGGGAAAAGAGUUCAUUCUUUUAAAGACUUUCCUGUCAAUCAGGACAGAAGUGGAGAUUGGCAAAACGCUAAAGAAGUUCGUCAAAUUUUGUGGAAUGAAUUAAAUAGUUUAAAAAUAAUGACUUGUGUGAUAGAAGGUGGUCAAUACCUCUAUCUGACUAAUUCAGCUCAAGACUUCCUCAAUCAGAUCAUCCACUGCCCACUUCAAUCCCAGUCAAGAAAUUUGGUUUGGCACAAAAUCACCCAUUCUUAUAUUGAUUCUGAAGCAGACAUCAGUGAAACUAGCACACUCAUCAACAGUGUCAUUCAAAAGAACGUUGAAGUUGGAGAAAAGUCGGUGUUGAUUAAUUGUUAUUUGGAUGGCAAAAUUCAAAUUGGCAACAAUUCCCUAUGUAAUGGCCUCCGUUUGGAUCUUUCAAAUAGUUCUUUGAAUGCUGAGAAUGCAACCUUCUGUAACCAGAAGUGGAAAGAUUUUAUGAAGAGGACUGGUAUUAAAGAAGAAGAACUUUGGAACACCUCUGAUGGUUCUUCUAAAAAAGUUCUUUGGACUGCAAAGCUGUUUCCUAUUUUCCACCAUGAAGAAACUGUUGGUAUGAAAGAAAUUCUGUGGCUGUUAGGUGAAAGCUGUGAUGGAACUGAAGUUCCCAAGAAAUGGAGAGAAUCUUGGAGAUUAUCUUUGUCAGAGAUUUUAAAAUUAGUUGACCUUAGCAGUGAAUUUUCCCUUCGAAGAUGGAAACAUGAACUUGCUAAAUAUGUUGCCAUAAACUGUCAGGAAACUCCUGGGAUUGCAGCCCGAACAUUGGCUAACAUAGCUGAUUUGUUAGCAACUAUGGCCAAGGAUUGUGGAGGUUUGCGUAGUGGACCAGCUGCUAAUUCAGCAUGGAAUAAAGCUUUCCAGUUUCUUGAGAUGAACCAGAUUGCUAAUGGAAUUAAAGCUUUGGCAAAAGAACGAAACAAAUGGCUGCACCGACCAGACUUGUUAAUCCGAGCAUCCAGACACUAUGAAGGUGCUGCGCAAAUUCUAAUUCGGCAAGCAGUCAUGACUGGUAAAAAGUUUGUAGAAGUGAAAGAUGGUGUUUUGCCUGAUUAUGAAAGAUGGAUCACAGUGGAGUGCCCUGCUCGACUUGACCUUAGUGGUGGCUGGACAGAUACACCUCCUAUUACAUACGAAUGUGGUGGGGCAGUGACUGGAGUUUCUAUCACCAUUAAUGGAAAGAAACCAAUCGGAGCAAAGGCAAAAAGAAUAGAAAAUCCUCAGAUUGUCAUUGUAUACGAUAAUGUCCAUCUAGUCAUUGAAGAGCUAAACCAGCUGGAGGAUUAUUUUAAUCCGCAUGCUCAAGGUGCUCUUAUCAAAGCAGCUUUCCUUUCUGUGAAUCUUAUAUGCCUUUCAUCACCCAUGUCUCUCAAAGAUCAGUUAAUUUCUAAAUAUAAAGGCGGCUUUGAAAUUCAUUCUUGGUCAGAUCUUCCUCAAGGAUCUGGUCUUGGCACGAGUAGUAUCUUAGCUGGUGCUGUUAUUGCUGCUGUUGUAACGGCUGCUGGAAAAGUUAUUGAUGCUAAAAGUUUACUGCAUUCGGUCCUUUAUCUGGAGCAACUGCUGACAACUGGGGGUGGCUGGCAGGACCAAGUUGGGGGUUUGUUAGGUGGUGUAACCCUGGGAAGUUCUUUGGCUAAAAUACCAUUGUUUAUUGAUUACAAACACAUCAGUGUCACUCCAGAUAUCCUGGAAUUAUUCAACCAAAGACUUGUACUCAUUUACUCUGGAAAAACAAGGCUUGCCAGAAAUUUACUACAGAAUGUUCUCCGUGAAUGGUACGCUCGCAAGCCUGGCAUUGUUUCAACAAUAUAUAAUCUAAAACAAUUAGCUCAUGACUGUGCCACACACUUUAGCGAAGGUAUAUUAUUUGUUUUAUACAGGUUUCUUGAAAAGUAGCAGUAACUUGUAAGAUCUUUGAUCAAUGGAGCUUUUAUUUAAAACUUCAUCUUUGUGUUUUCCUGAUGUUUGUUUAUUCAGGCUAUUUCCUCAUCUAAGAUAUGUUGCUGAUACAAUACUUCAACACACUUACCUCCUCACCUUUCCCAUUGUCAUCUUGUACCUUGAAGAUAUAUUCUUACCAUCUCUGUGUCUCUCUAGUUGGAGAAUCCAUGUAUUCAUCUCUUCGGCAAGACGACCUGUUUUAAUGUCCCUACUAUCAUACUUUCACAUCCCUAAAUACUCUACUCCGUUCAGUUGAGGGGGGGGUCUCACCUUGCAGGUACUUGGUGGCAUGAAAAAAGCACCAAGUACACUCUGUAAGCUGGUUGGCAUUACAAAACAGCAUCAAGCUGUAAAAACCAUACCAAAAGUAAAGUUCAGUGCAGCCUUCUAGCUUGGCAUGGAAAAAAAAAAGGAUGUUAAGUGACGAUGAUGAUGAUGUUUCAAUUGAUAAGCGAUAUUUAUAGAUUAACUCAAAAAAUAUCACCCUAAGACAUCAUCAACAACACAGCCAAGAUGAAGAAAAUGUUCUCCCUCCAGCACAAAAAGAUCACCUUAAACCGAUUGCAUAGAAUCCCAAUUAAAAUAUUAUGAAAAAAACAAACACCACUUCAUCUUCCUAUGCUUGUUUUAUACAGAGCACAGCCAUAGCUGUGUAGUUGAAAAGUUCACUUUGCAACCACAAGGUUCCAAGUUUAGUCCCACUGCACGGCACCUUGAGCAAAUGUCUUCAACUUAUAGCCUCUUCCCAAUCCCUUAUAAAUGAAUCUGGAAAUGAAAAAUUGACAUCCCAUGGUUUCACUUGUCACCAUUUUGAGUGAAUCAGUGAUAUGAUGUUUACAUUCCUUGUUGAUUUUUUUUUUCCUCUUGAAAUCUUGUCAGCAGGCAAGGCUGUGGUUAAGAAGCUUGCUUCCCAACCUUGUGGUCUUGGGUUCAGUUCCACUGUACAUCAAGCGUCUUCUAGUACAGCCCCACAUUGUCCCAAUCCUUGUGAGUCGAUUUGGUAAAUGGAAAUUAAAAGAAGCCCAGUGUGUGCUUGCUCUCACUC